CCCUCCUCUCCAGGUUUGUGGCUGAAGGUGACGUGAGUCACUCGGAUCACCUUCCAGGUAGCCUCGUCACCUGCUUCUCAUUCUGCUGCUUCGUCACGGUGACGUCAGCACGCAGGACGUGAGGGGGAUUUAAAGGAGGAGGGGGGGCCGGGAUUCCUGAGGAUUACCCGUCAUGCCCCGCGGGUAAAGAUGGCGACAGCUAAGCAGGGCAGCGGAUCAACUUUCUUGGAGCGGCUCUGAGCGGAUUUCCUUCCGCGGACGGAGCGUCUUAGCCGGCCUCAACCCGACCCACUGCCCGGAGCUCCAGCGCGGACCUCGGCGCUGCUGUCCGGCCUCGGAUCGGUCCGGAGCCCCCUCCCUUGGCUCUCCUGCUCCUCCGGAGGAGCGGAGCGGAGCUCGGACAAAGUUUCCUCUCCUCCCCGGGACCGAGCGGCGCGGACGGGGCCUCAGGUACUUUCAGGCAGCGUGAGGGUUGCACGCCGGCAGGAGGAGGAUCUGUGUGUGCUGACAUACAAGGCAGGAUCGUCUUGUGGAUGACCUCCUCUCGGGACUUGCUCAUCCUUCAGGUACAGACACCGGCGACCUGAUGAUGAUGUCACACACACGUAGCACAUGUACAUUCACCUGUAAUAGCCAGCAGAAGGAAGGGGAGAGACUAAUCGCCCAGAUCAUGUAACCGAAAGACUUUCCGCAAGCCGCAGACUGACAGACCGACACGAAGUUACACAGGAAGGAAGCACGGCCUAGGAUGGCGAGUGCGGCGCCGGCCAGGAAGCCGUACCGUAAGGCUCCACCGCAGCACCGCGAGUCACGCCACGCCCUGCCCACUGCUCCGCCGCCACCUGCACCGCAGCCCGACAUCAAUCAGGAGGCGUUGUCGGACUCGGACAGGAUCAGAAUCCUUCAGCAGCAGAAUGAGGACCUGCGGCGCCGCCUCUCUCUCACCACCCACAAGAUGGAGGCCAUGGAGGCGGAGUUUGACAGCAACCGCCACUACAUGGAGGCGGAGCUUAGCCGGACUCGAGACGACCUGGACAAGAUGAGAGACAAGUUCCGCAGACUCCAGAACAGUUACACAGCGUCUCAGAGAGCCAAUCAGGAUCUGGAGGAGAAACUUCACGCUCUGGCUGCUGUCAGUCAGACAUGGGUUCAUGCACUGCGGAAGGUGGAGAGGGACAAGAAGACGAUGGACCAGGAGAUCGUGCAGCUCACCAACAAACUGCUGGAGGCUAAAAACACCAUCGACCAUCUGGAGGAGCUCAACGAGCGCUACAGGCAGGACUGUAAUUUGGCCGUUCAGCUGCUCAAGUGCAACAAGUCGCACUUCAGGAACCACAAAUUUGCUGAUCUGCCCUCAGAGCUUCAGGACAUGCUGAACAAACACAUGAAGAGCAGUCUCCCAGAGCGAGGCCCCGCCCCCGGCUCUCAGGACCCAGACACGCUCAGUUUGACGCCCGCUGACGUCGUGCCGACCUCGGUCAUCGCCCGUGUCCUAGAGAAACCCGAGCCGCUGGUCCUGAACUCUGCCCAGUCCAGCAGCUGUGGCCGGCCCGUCGCCGAAGACGUCUUCGUGCACGUGGACAUGACGGGCCCCGGGGGGUCCGAGGGGCGAGGCCGGGAGAACUGUGCCGGUCAGGAGACGUCGCAUCAGAACGGCUCGUGUCGCAGUCAAAGCAGCUUGGAUGAAGAGGCAGGUGGAGCUCCAUCUUUCGAGAAGCUGAACCCGUACCCAGCACCACCUCCACCCCACCCUCUCUACCCCGGGCGCAAGGUCAUCGAGUUCUCGUCGGACGACAAAGUGAAGAUCCCGAAAAACUCGCCGCUGCCCAACUGCACAUACGCCACGAGGCAGGCCAUCUCGCUGAGCCUCGUGCAGAAUGACGACGAGCGGUUGGCCCCUGGCAGCCCCGCCCCCUCCUCCUCCUCUGGAGCCCAACAGCGCACGCCACCAUCACAGAGAGACGCCCCCAGCGAGCCGCUGUCCAGCCAGUCCAGCCCAUUCAGCAGCCCGCCUCAGGCACCCAGUGUCCUCGCGAGCUCUGGCAGCUCUGAGGAAGACCUGCUCGCCAACUGGCAGCGGAUGUUUGUGGAGAAGAUGGCGCCGUCCAGCGACGGCACGCUGCUGCACCGCACGUCCUUCAGUAGCCAGACGGCUCAGGAGCUGCAGAGGAGGAGGCAGGUGCCGGUGGGAGUGGCCUCCUCCUCAGACCGGCACAGGGCGGCGUACUCUGAUGGCGAGGAGGGCUCGUCGGCACGCAGCUGGACACCGAGCCGCGGCUCUAGCCUCGACACAGACACCGACACCGAGCAGCGGGUGGGGAGGCGGGGCUGUUACGGCGGCAGGGACUGUUCGGAGGAGGAGGAGGGAGAGCAGCUGCUGAUGAACCUGGAUGAUGACGGUGGGAGCGGGGACACUGCAGUCACCGUGGUGACCAGCCCCGGCGACGCCCGCAGGGAGCUGGAGGAGGAGGGCGAGAGCUCAGGGGAGGAGAGAGACAUCCUGCCCCACGAACUGCCCGUCAUCUCAACCCGUCUAAUGGACUUGGACCCCGCCCUUGGCGCCAUCGCGCUGCAUCGGCCCCAGAAGAGCCCGAAGAGGAUGGGAGUGCACCACCUGCACCGGAAAGACAGCCUGACCCGCGCCCAGGAGCAAGGCACACUGCUGGACUGAUGCUUGCUCGCCCCGCACUGUGCUCCGCUGACCUGAUGCUGAGGUCAGAGGUCACACCCAUCCAGGAUAUAGCCAUACUCUACCGUAUGCCGAGCUCGCCGCCUGACCCGGGUGUGUGCGUGAGACACGAAUCACUGUCCACAUACUUUUGGUCUGAUGACGUGUCAAGAGUGGUGAUGAUGUAGCAGAGAGGAGACAUGGCCAGAAGUAUGUGGACACGUCAAUCGUAACACUUGGCAAACCGCGUGCGUGCGUGCGUGCGUGCGGGCGUCAUUCACUAACAAUGCGUCCACACAAAUCUGUGAUUUCUGUUUUCGUACCUGAAUCCGUACGCGCGGUCAGAGAACGCUGCAGCGUCCACGUCACAUAUUCAGCACCCCCAUUAGCCUGACCGUCACUUGGUUUGUUUACGUUUGAACCGUGGUCGCUCCCGUGGAAACACUGUGGAAAGCUCCGCCUCUUCUGGCCUCCUCGGACACUAUUAUUCAAGUUUCUUUUUCUUCGCCUCAGACACGUAAGCGUGUGUCCUUGGAUAGAGAAAUGGGGGCGGGGCCAUAUGUGGAUAGUAUGCUAAUUAUAUUGCAAUUGCGCAGGGCUGGUUAACGGAUUAACGGCCGGUACGCAUGUGAAUCCAGCUGUAAUAUGGCGCCGUUUAAGAACGUUUCCACGCAAAUAUUGGUGAAUGAGGCCAAUAGAGUUCUGAUCAGCUGAUUAUCAAUCAAUCAUCAGAUAAUGUCCAUCCGUAUGUGGACAGCCUAAACCGAAGUUUGACGUUUCUGUGAAUUUGGAAAAGAAAUACUUUUGACUGGUUGGUUCUCCACGAAGGUGUCCGCAUAUUUAUGUCCAUAUGGCGUCUUUGAUUCUGAGUCUGCAUAUAGAGUUUAUACAGUAUGAGCAAAAGUAUGUGGACAAUUAAAGGUUCAGUUGAAUUCUGAACAAUCAACAUUCAAAACCACGUCUCGUGUGUGUGUGUGUGUGUGUGUGUGUGUGUGUGUGUGUGUGUGUGUGUGUGUGUGUGUGUGUGUCUCAGAGCAGAAAAAUAGAUUUUAAAAGCAAAACUUUACCGGAUGUAUUUGCCUUUUUUCAUGAACAGGAGCUUUUAUUUUGAAGAGACACACACAGACAGUGCCUCGCUCGCCCUCAGUCUCUCACUCCACGGUUGUGAGUGUGACACCGGGCACACAGUCUUUUCACUAAGACUUUUAUUUUGAAGUCUGUACUAAUCAUUGAUUUCCUGUUGUUUAGUCAGCUGAUUGAUUUGUUGUGGAGCUGCAGACUGAGGUUUGACCUUUGACCCAGAUUCACCUCUGCCCCCUCGAACACUAGGACUGCGCCUGUGGGUUGGGGGCGGGGCUUCUUCUCAACUCACACCUAGAAUGUACCAGUUUUGUUUUUUUGCUGUCAUGUUUGUUUUUUUCUGAAAUAUUGAGUAUUGUUUUGUUAUUAGUUUUUUUUUUUUGCGUUUAUAGAUUUGUGAUUUUUUUUUUUUUUU